AUCAUCGACCACCAUUCUCCUAUUUCUGAUUUUUGUGCCUAUUUACUUUAUACAUUUUUCGAGACGUUCAUUUUUGUAUUCCACAGCCAAACGGACUACACCCAUAUACCUAGUUGUAAUUUCAUCUUUAAUUUGUAUCAGAGCAAUUGAAGUCUUAUAGUGUUUGAUAGAUGAUUCGGUCCGGCUCCGGAAUGGGCGAAGAGUGAGUUGUAACUUUAUUGAGCAGAAGUGCCAGUGACCUGUUUGUCUUUGUUCAUCGAUCUUCAUGGACAUGAGAAUUGCAGCUUCCAAUAUCACUAUGUUGUCAGCUGCGAGUCCUCGCCCUUCCUGCGCAAAGUACCGUGGGCGCGAGGAAGCAGGACCGCAACUUGUGGCCACGCGACCUGAAAUCAAAUUGUUGUCACAUUCCUCGAUCCUUCCACGAGUUGCGGUUACCUACGGUGUGAGUUUCUUCCUGUUUGCAUUCCCCGCAAUGGGUUUGGCGCCGGAUCCUGCCGUCCGAGGGGACGGCACGUUGAUGACACCGAUACUAAACGACACAACGAACUACUUGUUGAGCGCACCAGCAGCAGCAGGCUUGGCACCGGCUGCAGCAGUGAACUCAUCAUCUAGCUGGGACAGUCACAGUGGAUCUUCCAGAAGAACGAGAAAUGUUGCAGCCUCGGACCUGUCUGAUACGACGCUCAGUGCGGCACCACACGAAGUCGCAGCGCAGAAGCAUAUUGCGCACGAGGCAGGAGCAGCACGACCAGGAGCCGCGACAACCCGGCCUCAGGGCGUCGACAAAGCCCGCCGCGAUGCUGGUACAGCGAGGAAGAUGCAGGAUGAUGGCAAAGCCGACGUCGCGUUUGUCAACAAGUCACAGCUUGUAGCAGGAGCAGCUCCACCUAUGACAGAGGAGCGACAUUAUGGGGGUGCAAAUGCAAUGAUGGAAGUCGUCCGGAAGGAGCACGACGACGUCGUGAUCGUUGACAACAACUCUGAUUCGUCCGCGGCGGCAGCUGGCAGAACCAUGACGAGGCCCCCGCCCCGAGGAACCACCAGCAGUACAGCUGAUGCGCGACCUGUGACCACCGACGAGAUGAUGCGCUACUCAUCUGCGAGGCAUCAAGUGGUCUCCUCUGACUCGUCAGAUGCUGGAGCCUCGGCGUCGGGGCCCUGGUCGGACGAGGACUACGAGGCCGUGAGACCAACUGCGGCAAAGCUCUUUCAGCGACGCGGCGACGUGCGGCACCGGCGCCGAAAAAAUCGCAAGCAGAUCUUCGACUCCAGUCAGGGGCCAUUGCAGUUUGCUUCCAUCUUUAGUACCACCCCAGAUCCGGAUCGGCAGCGGCCCAAGAAUCGUAAAACGGCGGACCACAAAACGCAGGUGCGCGGAUCGAUGUCAUCUACUUCCUCCUCGUCGUUCGCACCUGCCAACACUGAAACGCGCAGGUCUCACCUGACGGUGGACGUUGCGUCGCAAGUGCUCCCCCCAGGGCUGCUGAAUGAUGACCCGGAGUAUGAGCUGCUCUUGCUAACCCGGCUCUACCGGCGCCGCGUCCUGCGCGACAAGCACUACUUGAAGCUCGAAGUAGACGUUGCGCCGUAUCAUGUUCAACAUCGGGAGCAAGAUGCGCGUAAUAUGAUGAAAGGAACGACCACUGCGAUGAACGUGUCUAGCAGUAUUUUCGAUCUGAACCCUUUCGCUGGAGCAUCGGUUUUUUCUUCAUCUGGUGAUGUUGAACAGGGUUCAAGCUUUCUCCAGACCGCCACACUUGGGGCGGCCCCAGACCGGGCUGUCGACCCCGCGGGCGGCGCGCCGACCCGUUCCCGUGGUGACGAGCGCAGCAGCACAGCGACGCCGCAGAGCCGCGAAGAACAUCAAAGUGCGGGCGACACGAUGAUGGUUCUCGCUUCCGAUCUGAAUCCAAAUGCGGACCCAUUGCUGGCCGCGCAAACCCGCGCACUAAAGCUCCAGGGCCUGUCCGCGAGUCUGCACGUUCAGGAUGACAUCUUGUCGGAGUGGCGCGAAUGGCUUGACGAGACUGAAUCGUACGACACGUUUCGGGAGGAGCCGGACCUUUUCGAGUACUGGCGGGCUGCGAUGGAGGAACAAGAUCGGGAGGACGAAGCAAAGGCAGAGCAGAUGCAAUCUUCAGCGACAGCUGGACCGGACGAGGACGCGGAUGAAGUGCUGGACCAUGCCGCUGCUUCUGACGAAGACGCUGAAGGCGACCACGACCGUGGUAUCGCCGGCUCGGGAGGCAAAAGUGAUGCACUGCUGUCAAACUACGACAGAAAAAAUAAAGGCGGUAAGCACGCUUUGCUGGAGCAAGCGGAAUCGUGGCUGCGCGAAAUGCUGCCCCCCUGGAUCUUCCAGCUGUUGUUCGGAAAGGCCGACUACCGGUUUCCGUAUGACGCCCUGAAUCGCCCACUUUUCACUUGGGAGGAGAAUUCCGGAAGACUGGCACUAGCAGAGGUGGGGGCCGCACAAGAGCAGGAAGCUGCACAACUCCACCAGGGAAGUAAACCGCAAGCCAUGCUGCGCACGCGAAGUGGAGCGGAAGACGGGACAAGGGUAACAAAUUCGACCGGGGCGGAAAAGAACCCUUCGGGUGCCGAGGCUCCCUUGACAUCGACUGCGGCUAGUACUACCCAGCUGCUCGCGGAACCUUCCCCCUCCAGCUCGGUGAUCACUGUCGUGCAGUAUUACUGGCAGAGGCAGCAGGACCGAUACUUUGACUUUCUGCCCGGAAGCUUUAGCGACUGGUCGUCGAUGUUGUGGUCCUCGCUGAGCUCGCCCACCACCAGCCCGAACAACGCAGAAAAUCGCGCGGCUUUCGAAUUGAGCCAAAGCGAACAGCUGGCUUCGCACGUAGUUCCACAAGAGAGCCGCGAAGAUGAACCCAGCAGGGCUCGAACCUCUACUACACCGCGUUCGGACCAUUCGGGUCGUGGCACCACAUCGCUGCUGCAAACAGCCGAGCAACAACAGGCCUUCGGCUCCGACUCGGACAUGGAUGAUUGGUCGUCGCACGCGAGCCACGAACUCUCGGCCGAUAGCAGUGCGACCAUAUGUAUCAAAGGGAGAACAUCCCCUUCACCUUCUUACUUCACCAGUAUCUGUAUCGGUUGCAGCGGCUCAAGUCAUGAUGGCCGUAGAUGGGGCAUGAUGUUUUUUUUAGACAAAAUAAAUGCCGGGCAUGAUGAUGAUGAUGAUGACGCGAGACUACAGUAGUAAGUAGAUGCAAAGAAAGGCCUAGGCACCUCCGCCGGCAGCUGGUGAAGCCUGCCAACGUCAACGUUUUGCUGUUAUUGUUUGAAAUGAAUAUGUAGAGGAAUAGAUACUGCAAAGAUAAGAAGAAGAAUUUUCCAAUUUCAUAACAACGGCAUUGGACAGGGAAGGCAAAAGCAAACCGUCCGGCGGCGACUGGCGACCGAACGCCUUCGCGGGCGUGUCACGAGACCACAAACAAUUGUCAGAGAGCGAGCCGCAGCCAAAGUAUUUGCCGUACCAGUUGGACGAAUCGCCGCGUCGGUACCAUGUGACGCUGCUCGAGAAGGCCCGACCUGGACAGCAGAUCUAUAAUGCAUACGACAUGGCGUCGCACUAACAAUUACAAUUUGUGCACAUUCGUAUCGCAUUCGUAUAGCAGGUUGUACUUCUUGUUGCGUCGUCGUUCAUGCCGUUGUCCGUGUCGACUGGGUCACAUCGCUCACAGCCCCCCGGGACUAAUUUCGUCCUCCCGGACCAGUAAAUGUACAAUUAUUUACUUUUACUACCAUUCCGAUUUGCAGUUAGAUUUGUUCUGAUUGUGCAUCUUAUCACUGAACCGGCCGAUAAUAUCGAUCCUUCACUUUUACUUCUUGAGCUUCUUUUUAUUCGCUUUCAUUUUUACAACCUAACGCCCUUGUUUGUCAUCUUUCUACUUGAUUUUUACCCCCAAUGUAUUAUGUCUUUUCACAUCAACUGUAGUUUGACCUUAAAACUUUUCCCUUUGUAUUCAUCCUUGCUGUUGCUUCUGUUCAGGUUAUAAAUAUCUCCAACUACUUGCACUUCUAUUACAUCGUAUUCGCAAACACGGGCAAUAUAGGAUCACUCUAGGUGUCGCAGUCGACGCCGAGUGACUCUCACGGUUAGGCAGAAAUAUUAAAAGGACAGCGCAGCGCCUCGAGGCGCAAGCUCCUUAUGGCCUGAUUGUGUUGACUAGUGUCCCUACUGAAGAAAAAAACAAAGGAGAAGCACAAGCAUCAGCAUUUCUUUUUGACGCAUUUUUGGUAAAUGAAGAGGAAGGAUUGCUUUAGGUUAUACUGAACACUCUAUCACUAAGCGGCCCUUCCUGCGCUAAAUAAAGAUGUGUAUGGUCAUUGUUAUGAUAUGUCAUAGUUUGUAUACAAGAUGAAGACGAGAGUGUUUGCAUACAGCUACCAUGUCAGGGAGUUCGAGUUACAACAUGGCUGCGUAUCUCUAUUACGAUAACUAUGUCAUAUUGAAUACAUGAUCUUCAAUGAUAGCUUGAGCGUCGAGCAGCACCCGCACUCGGGUGAGAGCCGCGACGAUGUAGAAAUCGACUUCUCGUUUUUUACAAAGCGCUAGCACUGCAUCUGCAGCGUUGCUGCACAGCCUCUCGGGUGCUGCGGUGCUCUCUCCAGUUUCUCCUGCCUGUAGUUUUCGUUUACACGACGCUUAUGUAGAUGUGCAUUUUCUUCUUUUACCUUUUUCAGCUACAAGUACAAUUCAAGAGCUACGAAAGAACUAUAGAAACGAUAACUACUAUGAAGAACAAGAACUCUAACGACACGAAGAUUAUGGACUACCUAAUGAAAUGGAGAAUAAGAGUAAAUCUAAAUAUUCAGUUAAUAUCGAGGAGUCUGAUGUCGCGCACUAGCACCAGCGUUUCCCUUUCUUACCUUGUUUAUUGUAUGAUUUUUACGCAGAUUCAUUUUGAUUUUGACCACUCUUGUCUUGUCCACCUUGCUUUGUCUGUCCGCCAUCAAAG